AUUAUUACUUCCUUUCUCUGUAAUAUUGUUUAUUGACUUGGAAGAUACAAGUCGCAUAUUUACCGUUUAUACAUUGUAUACUUAUUGUCAAUACGAUGAGGAACCGUUAUAUUGGUGUAACUCUCUUGGCCGCUCUUAGUUUUACAGCUUGUCAACAUUUAUACUCUAGAGAGAUGGCAGAUGAUCAUGACGAAGUCCUUCGAAUUCAAUAUGAAAUAAAACAGCUCAGAGGAGAACUUGUUGCCAUCAAGGCACGGUUCCCAAAACAGCAUUCUUGUCCACCACAUUGGACUAGUUUUGAAACAUCCUGUUACUUGGUAUUGAAAGAAAAGAAGAUGCACGAAGAUGCCGCUAUGCACUGCAUACGAUAUGGUUCCAAAUUGGUGGAAAUCGAAACUGCGGAGGAAAAUGUGUUUAUAAGAAAUAAUCUACUGGGGUCGUCAGAUGACAAUGUCCAUUUUUGGACUGGUGGAACAGAUGCUGACGUUGAGGGAAACUGGAUUUGGUCAAUGACAGGAAAACCCUUUACAACGUUCGAAAGCUGGAAAACUGGUGAACCAAAUAAUGACGAUAGAGGAAAGGAAGAACAUUGUCUGGAGUAUACAAGAAAACUAUCCAAAACUUGGAAUGAUGCAGUAUGCAACCUUACCAAACCAUUCAUUUGUGAGAAAAAUGUUUUCUAUUAAAAAGUUGCGCAUCCAUUCAGUUGUGAGAAAAAUGCCUUAUUUUUAUAGUAUCUCCUGUCAUCAAUUCAGUUGUGUGAAAAAUGCUUUCUAAAUGAAGAAUUGAUGCGUAUCCAUUCAGUUGCGAGACAAAUGCCGUAUUUUUUAUUUCCUGAGUGUCUGAUCAAAAUGAAACAAAUGUAUAGGUGUAGGAUUCUAAAAAUGCAUAAAUCCUGGUUUGAUUAUUUGGGUAUGAACAUUUUUUAUCUUAUGAAUCAUAUUUAUAUGAACUAAAUCCAUUGGUACAUGUAUGUGUUUAUGUUAGUUCAGCAAUCGGAUAAUUGAAUUUGAUAAUAAAAUAUUCUUUAUAAUGUUCAUCUUUACAAUAAGGAGAAUGGGUCACAAUCAUAUUGGAAUGAACUUUCUUUCGAAAUAAACAAUGAAAUCAAAUAA